GUGUGGGGGGCUGGGGGAGAACAGACACUGAACAGACAGUUGUAAUGGGAGUGAUGCUGUGAAUGCUCAUUGAAGGGAGUGAACUCUACAGAAGUUAGAAUUUUACUGUAACGCAGAAGGUGAACCUGUGACGUCGACAGGUUUGAAGUCCUCGUCAGUUCUCUUUGCUUGUCACUUGUACAUAACGACGUGAUGAAGCGAAGGCGCGAAUGCUGUGGUCAGAAAAAGAAAAAAAGUGGAUUAGUAAUGCAUGCGAGAUGUCUUAAUAUAAAUAAUACCUCCAUAAUUUUUUGGGUCUUUAUAGACUUUCAGCUCGUUUGUUCAAAAGCCAUUUGGCCCGUAAACAAAUGAUGUUUUAUCGCAAUAGUAUUGUUUUUUUAAUUUUAUUGUAUCCGAUGAAUAGGGCUGCUGUUGACAGAAGUGACACGUCAGUGCAACAAUGAUUUGGAUUUUUAAUCAAGAGAACAUCUCUAAGCAAAAAAUGUUUUAUUUAUUCAAACGUCAUCGCUGAGAUAAUUCAGAGACACAAUUAUCUGUCCGACAACAGUGUGUUUUCCAGAUAGUGUCCCUGCCCGUCAAUUUCGGGGGGGGGGGGGGGGGAAAUCGGUCAAAACAUUUUCCACAGAUGCCUCUGUCCCACCUCUGCCAGGCCAUUACCUCACUCUGGAUGAAGAGAGUGAGUCAAAAACUGCCACUUUGACUUGAAACUGAGAUUAUUUUGUCGGACUGUCAUCGCGUUGUCAUACGUUGAGUCGGCACGGGACCUGUACAUGAACUCCACACAAUGUUGAGCAUUAAAUAUGCCUGCAUUUUCAAUAUUUGUAAUAAACAGUGUUACAUGUUAAACCUGAUGAUCACUAUUGUCAUCUUUAUGACAAUACACACACACAGGGUCAUGUAGCUUUUGUUUUUUUCAUUGUAUAUUAUUUAUCUGAUAAUUUUACAUCAUUGGGCUCAAGAAAAUAAAGUACUUCUAAGUCAAACUGUGUUUCUAAAACCAAAGCUUUAUAAAAUUAGGAGGGGGGGGGGGGCAGGGACAACAUUUAUUUUAAUGGUUUUAUUGGUUCUUUUUCUCCUGCCUGCUGGAUUUAAGAUUUGUGUAUUUUUAUCGCAUAGAAAAUCCAUUCCAUCCCUUUGGAUUUAACAUCUAACUAAUAAAGACGCAUUUUCAGCCAGUCAAACGUGAAUGAAACAAGCAAGACUGAAAUGAAUGUGACACUUCUAAUGAGCCCAACUGUGUUUAAAAUAUACAACAAUCGUGAUGCAAAUGUGAAAAAAAAAAAUCUGUGAAAUCCUCUUGGGUUUGAAUUCACGAGCCUGCUCAUUUGAAAAUCACAUGACGUUCCUCAGUUUGUAUAUGUGAAGUCUGCGUUACAAUCCAAAAUUGUAUCGAGAUUCUAUAUAAAAAAAAACGUGAAUCUGAAAUAUUGGGGCCUAAAUACGAACUUACCAAAUGAUUAAUUCGCAGCCAGACGGGAGCGCACUGUCCUGUCGCCUGCGGUGGUGCGGUCACCCUCACGCACACACACACACACACACACACACCCAGCGCGGCUCCCCCCGCCCCCAAAUUCCCCAAACCCCCUCGGCUCGGACACAUCUGCGCCGCCGUCGCGUUCUCCGUCCCGAGUCUCCCGCAGCAGCAGACGCGCGCCCCGUCCGUCCCGCUCACUCCUCACCACUUCGUCCAAAUCAUCUGUACGCAGCGCCAAGUCCCUCGGAGUGCCAUGGCGCACUGGAGCCUGCUCUUGGUGUCUUUGUGCGGAGUCGUGCACGCACAGGAGACCCAGCCUCUCACUUUGCCAGAGUGCUGCCGGGAGGGGAGUGCGGCGGGCCAGAGAGGUCAGGACUGUGAGAUCCUCAGGCCGAUCUCGGACUCCUACCCAUGCAGAAUCGCCCAAGUGCAGUGCUGUGCGGCGACAGCAGCGGACAAGCACUGUCGAAGCGGCGUCAAAAUGGCCCAAAUGCAGGGGCCCUGUGAGACGGUUUUCUUCGAAGCACACUUCAGGGAACUGCAAAUCGCCAAGAUGUGUUGUGUCUGCUGUACUCUCGGCCUGACGGCGCCCGCCCAUGGUCUGAGCUGCGAGCUUCAAGGUCUGUCGCUGGGGAAACGGUGUGAAAGCGUGGCGAGGACCUGCUGUGACAAAAACACAACGGAGGAAGCGAGACCAAAUGCCGAAGACUCCACUUGCUCCCAGCUGCGUGCAGCCAACGAUACGUGCGCCUGCCACGAUGGAUAUCAACUGCAAAGUGACAAAGUGAACUGUGAGGAUAUUAAUGAGUGUCUGACGGAUAGCCACAACUGCAUCUCCGGCCAGACGUGCAUUAACACGGAGGGCUCCUUCCGCUGUCAGAGGGAAACCAGCUGUGGCACCGGGUACGAACUCACAGACAGCAACGGUUGCAGAGACAUUGACGAGUGUGCUUUGGGCAGCCACAACUGUGGACCAGACUUCACGUGCAACAACACCGCCGGCUCGUUCCGCUGCCGCCCGAGGGAGAGGUGCGACGCCGGUUUCAUACAGGACGCCGUCGGCAACUGCAACGAUAUAAAUGAGUGUGUGGCCCACACCGGUCCAUGCCACCCCGGCCACACUUGUAUCAACACAAUGGGCUCCUACACCUGUCGCAGGAACACGGUCACCUGUGGGAGGGGCUAUCAUCUGACUGAGGACGGCACACGCUGUGAAGAUGUAGACGAGUGUCGCGCGGGCAACGUGUGCGGCAACCACGGCUGCGUGAACCUCGUGGGAUCGUACCGCUGCGAGUGCAGGAUCGGCUUUGUCUUCAACAGCAUCACCAAACUGUGCGAUGAUAUCAAUGAGUGCUGGCAUUAUCCCGGACGACUCUGCGCCCACAAGUGUGAGAACACCGAGGGGUCCUACCAGUGCAUCUGCACCAUUGGCUUCAAAUUGUCCGACGAUGGCAGAAACUGCGAUGAUAUCAACGAGUGCGAGAUGAACCCAUGUAGCCAGGAGUGUUCCAACGUCUACGGCUCCUACCAGUGCUACUGUCGCCAUGGUUUCCAGCUGAGUGACAUCGAUGGGAUAUCCUGCGAAGAUAUUGAUGAGUGCGGGCUGCCUGCCGGAAGUCAUGUGUGUUCCUACAGCUGCACCAACGCUCCAGGAAGUUUCCUCUGCACCUGCCCGCCCACUGGCUACACACUCGGCCCAAACGGACGCACGUGUCAAGAUAUCGAUGAAUGUGCGGCAGGGACCCACACCUGUUCCUUGUCUGAGAGCUGCUUCAACAUCCAGGGAGGAUUUCACUGCCUGUCAUUCCGCUGUCCACAAAACUUCCAGCAAGCAGCACAGGGCCGUUGCGAGCGCGUAACUUGCGAGUUCACGCGGGACCCGGCGUCGUGUCUCUCCCUUCCACUGAGAAUCUCCUUCUACAACGUCAGCUUCCCCGCCAGCACUCCCGUCCCAGCCGACGUCUUCAGGAUGGGACCCUCCAAUUCCGUCCCGGGAGACGUGAUGCUGUUGAGCAUAGUGUCCGGUGACGAGGAGGGAUACUUCACCGUGCAGCAGCAGCAGGCCCACGGCGGACUGAUCUCCCUGCGCCGCGCCUUGUCCGAGCCCCGGGACUUCUUUCUCACCGUGGAGAUGAGGCUGAUUCGUUACGGAACGGCACAUCUGUACAUGGCCAAGAUCGCUGUGUUUGUCACACGCGAGCAGCCGAUCAAACCCCCGAGAACAUAUUAAAAAGUCUUUGUGAAAUUUGACACAAAUACUUUUAAAUAUUUUAAAGUCUGUCCCUGUCUUGUGUUCACCUCUCAUGUAUGGUUUCUACUACUAAUUCUGGCUGACUAUCAUAUUCUCAAACAAGACUCUACGGAUGUCUUGUCACAAUGAAUUAGUGCCACUUCUUCAACAAAUUAGGUGAUAUUUAUUUCUAAAUCCAUUUUUGUCAGUAUCCAUUUGUAACAUUAACCUUUAUUUUAUAUUUCAGCUCUUCCUCUUUUUUUAACUAUGUCAUGGCCAGAGUGACAUUGUCGCUGAUUAACUGCUAUGAUGCUGUGGGGAUGGAAGCUAGAUUUAGAUAUUUAUCAUAUAAUAUUAUCACAAUAAUUAUUAUAAAUUUGAUGGAAGGUCAAAAUUUUACCCUUAAAAGAGUACUAAUUUUGGUCAAAACACUAAUUUGUUUUCUCACAGAGUUAGAUGAGAUGAUGGAUACUAGAAAAAUCUACUCUCAAUGCCUUUUUAAAAUUUUUUAUUCUUGCACAUGAUGCAUCUGUAGGUUUAAUAGGACAUUUUGUUUACCACUAGAUGGGGCUCAUUAGCUGCUGAAGAUUUCUGCAACGCUCGAGUCCGUAUUAUUCAUACGCAUUAAGUGUCGACGUCGACUCAUUCUACCUCAUGUAUCCGCGGCAGCUUCCUUUCAUUUGUACUUUCUAUGUGACUGGAAUAAAAAAAAGUGACAGCUAAAAAAUGGCUUUUCACUCUUUAAUAUGUAAGCACACACACACCGGCAAUGGUUUUUCUGCCACUACUCUCGCGCUUCCUCUGCUGUGGUCAUUUAAAAAAUUUUUUUUUAAUGUAGAAACCAAUUUUUCCUAUGAUCUGCUCCAAGCAGCCUCACCGUUGGAUCAAACAUCCCCGUCUCAGCAGACGGCAAGAAAAAUAAGCACGGACUUAUUUAUGGGCACCCGGGGCCCCCGGCCAAGCGUGGGGCUCUCAAUUAGUGGUGGAGCUCUCGUGAUGGAUGGUGCUUUUCGUGUUGGUAUUGGGCGGUUAUCAAUAAAUCUCCCUGUAAGUGAUACCAAAACCGGCCACGAGCCUUGUUGGUCAGCUGGAUAAAUGCAGCCAGACACGAUUCCUGUUCCACUUCUUCUAGGGGUUCGGUGAAUGUAGAGCUGAUUGAAAAUGCAAAGCUCUUCGGGUUGUAUCACCACCUCAUUUUCCAAAACGCUAAGUUCAAAUUGUUACAUAGGUAGCGAAAUGCCUCGGGAUAAUGAUAGUGGCAUCUGGUUUUCCUUAUUUUCACAUAGACACUUUUGACGGUUGUUUGUUUUUCCCAUACUUCUGUUGCUGAUCCUCUUCUCCCCCCUUCUUUCU